GAAACGCCAGCAGCACUACUCUCUUCUUCCCAGCAUAAAGGAAGGAGAAAGCCACCCUACAGACCGAGGGAGAGGAAGAAGGCCCGACCAAGCUAUUGACCGAGUAUCACAACCGUCCGAUCUACAAUGGAUUGGGCGUUCACACAUAGAGUCUGGGAGAAGUGGACUUCUAAUAAUGUCGGUUCUUCUGGUGAACCAUUGAAGGCAGCUUUGCUACUUAACUACGACCCAAAUGCUACCUCUCGCUUGGUAUCUGUCAUAGCAGAGCAGCAGGGAAUGAAGGCAAAGCCUGUGGAGUUGAGUCCUUUUCUUGACUUCAUCAAACGGAACAAUCUCCAGAAGGAAUGCUUCUUCAUUGGGUCAAAUGAAUAUCUGAUCACGUCAAUCCAUGAGCACUGGUUUUGUGCACGGUGCGUGAAUACAUCAAAACCUGCUGGUGAAGGCGCUAUCAUUAUGCAGGUUGCAGCAUUUCUGUUGGUUGCAAUGUAUGAUGGCUCAAUUGGCUCUGCGUCUCAUGCAAUGGUGGCUGUUGAUCAGUUUGUGUGGCAGUUGAAUCGACGGAAUCUUUGACCCCUCUCAGGUUUGCAGGCUACAAUGGAGAACUCUUGGAAGCCCAGGAGGUUUGGCCUGUAUCAGAUGUUCCUGAGACCUCUUUUAUUUUUGUCCAGUUACCCAUCAGCAGUUCGCAGUCCUAAAUCCUAAUUUCUAUGUUUGUUACUGAAAGAAAACAA